AUAAAUUUCAAUCUCUCUCUGACUCUCUCUUAGCUAGCAGUCUACGCAAUCUCGCUCUCUAACUCUCUCAUUCUCUCUCUUAACGCAUCUGCCAAUUUGAUCCCAGGACUCUGCAGUUUUCAUGGAGUAAUGCUCUCUCAGGUGUACGCACAAACCCUAGAAGCAUGCAUCACUGUGCUCGAGUUUGGGCAAAGCAGAAAAUCAAAUCUCAGGCUAUUUUUCCUUUUUAAUUGCACAUUUUGAUUGAAAGGUUAUUCGUGUGUAAUCGAGAUCGAAUUCCAUGUCUCGGCUGAUGGUGGCAACCCAUUUUUGAGAAUUAUAUUGGGUUAAAACCGUAGAAGUAUGGAUCUGCACAGUUACCCUCAUGCUGAACAUGGAAGGUUUGAGCAAAUACUCAACCAAUUUCUCUUGAAAAACCUCCACAUUAUAUUGGACUCUAGGGUCCCUGCCGACCGGCCGCCCAGCCGAGGAGGUGAUAUAAAGAAGAGCGACAAAUGGUUCAAUUUAGUAUUGGGUGACCGCCCAUCGGCCAUGGAUAGCCUGAGCUUCUGGAACAGAAGUCUAAUGGAGCCGAUGAUAAUCGACAUUAUAAUUGUUCAAGAACAACCGACUUCCUCAUCAGACCCUACGGAUAUUUUCAACGAGACGGUUAUUGAGAGGUGGAUGGUUCAGUACGACUCUCAACGGCCAAUUGCCCCACAAGCCGUCGAUGCAUCUCACAAAAAGACGUACAAGAAAUCGAUCAUACUCUUGCGUUCGGUUUAUUCGAUGCUGAGGCUCCUCCCGGCUUACAAAGCAUUCCGUAAACAGAGCUCCUUGAAACAGAACUGCGAUUUUGAAAUCAGUUACAAAAUCUCCUCAUUUAGUUCACCCUUCUCGAGGGAGGAGGAGGAUUCGAUGAAGAAGUACAAUUUUGUCCCCGUCGAUGCCCAUCAAGGCCGCCUCUCUGUAUCCGUGGCCUAUCGUGAAGAUCUAUCCAAUUUUAAACUCGACUCGUUCAUUUCAUGUCCUAUGGAGAUAAUUACGGACUAUGUAGGAAGUCCUCUCACUGACCCCAUGAGGGUAUUUUCGGCCAAUCCACCUGAAAAGAGCCGUCCAACAUCUUUCCCGACGAGAGGGAGGCAGUUGGCCCCCUCCUCACCUUUCCAGCGGCCCCAUAGCUGGACGAGUGGGGUCCACAGGGAUGCUUCCUUACAGCAGAGCCCACAGCCUUUUAGUGGGUCCCCUCCUCUGCACCGUUCCCCGUACGAGUACUCGCGUUCGCCUACUGACACAUAUAUACAUAGGAACCAAAAUCAAAGGUUACCGAUUCACCAAAAAAUGUUGUCUGAUUGUGAUCUGCUUUCUCCUCCGUUUUCCCCUUCUCCCUCUCCUUCUCCGCCUACAUACCCUUCGAACCAUUUCCAGAGCCGCCCGGUUAGUAUACCUCACCCGAUGAUGGCCAGAAGCCCAAGAUAUCUUUCACCCAAUUUGUCCGAUCCAAAUAGGCAUUCUCUGCCGCCGUUAUCUCCUAGAAACACAAAGUAUGAUCCUUCAUCUCAUGAAUCCUCGUCGUCAGGUGUGAGAAGACUUAAUUCUCUCAGAGGUGGAGAAUCGAGUAACACACCAAUUAAUGUUGGUCAGAAGCUGUCACGGGAUGCGAAAGAGGAUUCAGGUCGGUUUUCGAGUUUGCUGUCGAGUAGUAGUUCGCCACGUGUCGGCUUUUCAAGGAGCUCAAGCCGGUUGUCUUUUCAGGAUGAUUUUGGCGACUGUGAUUUCUCAUGUCCAUUUAUUGUGGAUGAUGUAGAGCCUCCUGAUAGCCAGACAAGCUUAAAUCUCGACCGACAAAAUAGUUCAGAAGUUUCUUCUCAGACAUCCUCGACGGCCAAGAAAUCCCAGGAUGCGGCCGUGGGCGCCCUCGUUCACAUGCUGAGGACAGCUCCUCCACUUCGCCAGGAUUGCAGUUACUACACUUCCCACUCCUCAAAUAUAGUGCCCGAGGGCGAAAUCGGAGGGGCAGUUUCGGAAUUUUUCAAGCCUCGUAAAACUUCAGACGCGCUUGAGGAGCUCAAAGUUUACAGGGAGAUGAAGGAUUUAUUGCUCUCGAAAACCGCAGCUAGUUUGGGGGCAAAGGAAAAAACUAAGGAUCAAACUUGAUGACCUGCACUAGUUUUAUAAUGUGAAUUGCUACUUGGAUGGGAAUUUUUAGUUAGAUUGAGCUUUAGUGGGUUGGUCCUUUCUAGAGAGGUGUAAACAGAACAAGUGAGAACUUUGUACAUAAUGCUUGUAAACAUUUUAGUUCCUUGCUCGUGACUUAAUUUCUUGGCCAAACUUACAAAAGCUUAUGGGAUUUUAUAUGUUUGAACUUAGAAUUCAAAUCUCAAUCAAGUAAAUUGACUGUUUGGGAACACUUUUUAAAAGAACUUUUG